AUGCGGGUCACCAAUGUACCCGAAAUAAUAUGGAGCGCACUCCUAAAAACCCGACCUUGGUCUUUUGAGGAAGGUCCAUCUCCAUCGCCUUGCAUGAAAAAGAUUGGGUUUGGAACAGGAAUCGCUGUUUAUGAAUUAGAACGUUCCCCGGCGUUCAACAAGUUCAGAUCGCCGUGGGCAAUCAAGAAACUCAUAAGACGUAACAAAAACAACAACGCCAUUCAAGAGAGGCUCAGAAAUGAAGCUGAUAUAUUAAGAAAACUCGUGCAUCCAAACGUAGUCGGUUUCAGAGCCUUUCUCGAGAACAAAGACGGUAAUAACAUCUUGGCUAUGGAGGAAUGUAGCAGUUCUUUAGGCGACAUUAUUGAAACAAGAAGCGAUGACGAAGGUGGACCUUUUUCUCCAGAACUCAUAACAAAAGUUGCUCAAGACGUAGCACAGGCUCUCAAUUAUCUCCAUAACACUGCCCUAAUCAUGCAUUGUGAUGUAAAGUCUUACAAUGUGUUAAUCAAAGGGGAUUUCGUAAUUUGUAAGCUAUGCGAUUUUGGAACAUGUUUACCACUGACAAAAAACUGCACACGAGCGGAUAUAUAUUCAUUUGGACUUGUUAUUUGGGAAAUGAUAGCCUUGUGUCCUCCAGUAACAGAAGAUGUAGCAGACAGCUUAGAAAAUUGCACCAACAUGGAUGUUGCAGAAUUUGAUAAGCUCUUAGAAAAAAUGUCUGCAAGAAGUAGACCACCACUACCAACUGAUGUUGAACUAGGUAACAAAUAUGACAAAAUAUUAGAAAUCUACUAUUGCUGUACUGACGAGAAGAUGGAACGUAGACCACCUUCAGAAGAUUUAGUUGUAAUUUUGGAUGAUAUUUAAAGUUAAAGACUUAUUUGCAAUAAAUUAGAUUUUAUUUUUUCA